AUGGCCGGCGACAUCGAGCUCGACAAAGACGAUCCCUCAAGCUUAGCGGGAAGGAUCUGGGUGGGAGCGACAGUCGCACUGAUCGCCUUUCUCGCCUACUCCCCCCAAAUCUGGAUCAUCUGGCCAUCCUACGCGAGCUACGAGAAGAUAGAUGCCCUUUCCAAGAGGUUGGCAGCCCAAUCUGGAGCUAGAUGCGGAGGAAGCAGUAGAAGUCAAGCGACUGAGUGGCUCACCACGCUUCUGUCGAUCUUGCAACCAGUACAAGCCCCCCAGAAGUCAUCACUGUCGCCAGUGCAAGCGAUGCGUCCUCAGAAUGGAUCAUCAUGUCAGUCCGCGCUCACUCGUGUCGACUGGGCUGACUUGCGUGGACAGUAUACGCACGAGCUCAAGCGCACGCAGAACUGCGUCGGUCAUCACAACACAGCCGACUUUGUCCGCUUUCUGUUCUGGGUGGACAUCUCAUGCACAUACCACCUCAUUAUGGUCAGCCGGCGAGCCUUUGGUAAUCUGGUCUACUACGAGAACGCGACAUCUGUCACGGCGUUGGUCAUGCUGGUCAUGAACUAUGUGCUUUGUAUACCCGUGCUUCUGGCGGUGGGUGGCUUCAGUUUCUACCACUUCUGGUGCCUUUCGAGCAACACCACCACGAUCGAAGGCUGGGAGAAGGACAAGGUGGCUGUCUUGCGCCGCAGAGGCCGUAUACGCGAGGUCAAGUAUCCCUAUGAUCUCGGCUUCAUGAAGAACAUCUCCUCAGUCAUGGGCUAUCAUCCGCUUCUCUGGUGCUGGCCACAGCGAUCUUACGGCGACGGUCUAUCCUACAGAGCAGCAGAGGCCGUCAAACCGUUCGCCCAGUAUUUCUGGCCCCCGAGAGAUCAAUACGCUCCUCAUUACCAGCGGCGCACGCCCUUUCCAGAUGCUUCAGUGGCAACUUUCGAGCCUGGAUCGUUGCUCGCUCAGUCGGACGAGGAGAACUCGGAAGAAGAUGUGCUCACGGAAGAGGAAGACGAUAUUCCGCUUGCGCAGCUCAAAGGCAGCCUGGCGCCUGAUAUUGGACCAGCAUCACAGCGAUUGCGUAAGCGGAGAGGUAGCGAGGGCUACGAGAUCAAGCCAAUGCAGCGCACUGCACAUACUCACGAUGAGCCCGAUUACGACACAUUUAUGCUCAUCCCUUAUGCCUCGACAUUGUUCUGGAUGAAUAAGAUCGCAGCAUAUCUACAGGGCAGAGUCUACGCACAAAGACUCAAGGGCGCAUCAGCAAUGACGUUGGAUCACGGAGAUCAGUCCGCUGCUCUUGCUUCAUGCCCAAUCUGCACGAAAGCCUCAUUGCGCGUACAAUGUCGCGAUGUCGGCGAGCCCAAUCGGUUCAGAUACUACCAGGACAAUAAGAUCACAGCUCAAACGACCAUCGUACGAAACUCUGUUUGGAGUCUCACGCAGAUCAAUCGACCCAGAGGCUCAGAGCUGACGCUGGAAGCGAGUCCAAAUCGCCGCAUCAUCACCUCGGAUAACUAUGAGCUGCCUGCCACUGUCUCGCUGGAAGCAAAUAUGUGGGAUACUGAGGCAAGGGAAGUGAUUUGGUCCGAGCCCUACCGCUCCUGCUGUCGCCUCUCGAUCAAAUCAGAUUACACAUUCGGUCUUAUCAGCACCGAAGUGGACGUCGGCGAGUCUGUCGCUACUAGGACUUGUCGAGCCUCAACAGGCUAUGAUGCCAAUUUUCCGGCUUGUCCGGAGACUUACACCGCGCCUACACCAUUGGUGGAGACCUGUACAGUACAGCUCGGUGUACCCGUUUACGGUUCGCACUUGGUCGGAGGCGGCCACACUUUGUAA